AGGGCACGCCCUAGCACACACGCACCGCACUGACCCUUCUCGGUACUCUCGGAAAGGAAAAACCCCAAAACGGCUAUCAAACGCCUUUAAUUACUCAUCUCUUUACAGUCAAACAAAUAGUUGACGAAUAACAAUAAAGUGAUGUUCCGCACAGCUCCGCGCUGCGCACCACGCGCCAUGCCGAUCUUCGCCGUCACGCAGGCACUGCAGUCGCUACCCGGCUGGCGUGUGGACGGCAACACCUCGCACAACAUCCAGCGCGACUACGCCUUUCCUGAUUUCCUCGCAGCGCUUAAAUUUAUGAAUGCGAUGGCGCCGGUGUGCGAGAAGAUGCAGCAUCACCCGUGCUGGGAAAACACGUACAACCGCCUCAGCGUGAAGCUCUGCACGCACGACGCUGGUAACAAGGUGACCGAGAAGGACGUGGCGCUGGCGAAGGCGAUGAACGAGACGUACGCCAGCAUGCAGGGCAAGCCGUAA